AUGAUUAACUACUAUAGCUAUUUACUGGUGUUGUUGUUGUUGUCGGGCAUUGGUAUGUAUGCCGUCCUAAUCAAUGAAGAUAUGGACAAUGAAAUCGACAAUUUGUUGGCCGAUAACGACCGUAUGGCUCUACCCUAUCGACGAUUUCCCGAAACAGUCGCUUUGUUGGACAAUGAGAUUUGCAAAGUCUAUUAUCAAAAAGAGUUGAGAAUUGCCGACUAUUUGUCGCACAAGUAUCACAAUAACCGUCAUCUGAGAGUAUUGGCCGCCAAUAUGUCGCUGACACGUAUGCGAGUUUGGGACAAACUAUGUAAGGGUGAAAAUGAUUAUAUAGUCGGACUGUUUCGGAUGGCCAACCGAAAUCUGGCCGAAACCAAACAAUAUGCUACCUAUGCUUUUCAUGCCAUCCAAGCGGCCGGUCGUCCCAAUUCGGGUUUUACAGUUCCCCAUUUGAUGUGUAUUGCCGAUACCUAUUACAAAAAGUUUAGCAAUUCGUUCAAUAAUUCAGAUUAUCGUCAAACGGCUAUAAAUAAUUUGCGUACACUGUCUGACUCAUGGAUGCCAUACCUCAGGAUUGUUAUGAAUUUGAGAUCAAGCGAUAGGAUUACCGAUUGUAAUGCAAUGAACGUUACAAUUGAUCCGUUAUAUGGCCGACGACUGUCCAAACAAAUGGCAUUAUUUGAUGCUUUCCAUGCAUUAGUUAAGGCUUAACUAAAUUUUUCAAAAAAAAUAAAUAAAUAACAGAUUAUUAGAUAAUUACAAUUAAAAUAAUAAAUAUUAUUAUU